AUGAAAAAACCGGGCGGACCCAUUAUUACCAAGCACGGUGUUAAUGACAAAGUUGCGAGCGGGGCUACCAUCAAUUCGACGUUCACUCUCUUAUAUGGACGGGUCACAGUUGCGCUUUCCGGUCCCCCAGUUCACGGAGCAGUUACUGCAGCAGUACUCAUAGCUGAUCAACAUGACGAGAUUGACAUCGAGCUUGUCGGAGGCGAUCCCACCCAUUGGCAGACCAACGUCUACGGCCCCAGCUCACCUGACAGCAAACCUCUGUGGGGCGUCUUUGGCGGUAUACAGGACUAUUUGAAUAACGGAUCACUUGAAGAUAUUCAUGAUUAUACUAUUGACUGGAACGACGAGCGCAUUAUUUGGAGUGUUGAUGGUGUUGAUGUUCGCACCGUUCAGAAAGGUCAAACGUUGAAGGAUGGUGCACUCCAUUUCCCCUCCCACCCUACUCGCAUACAAAUUGGCAUCUGGGAUGCAAGCUCUCCCGCAGGCACGGCGCAAUGGGCAAAAGGACCAAUUGAUUGGGCGUCUGCUCCAUCGACAAUGUCAGCCACGUUCAAGAGUGUCAAGGUGGAAUGCCCGUACUGA